CUUGAGGUCUAAUUGGAUUUGCGAAUUGAAAAGAAAAUUUUGUUUUGACCAAAGUGCAGACCCGAUACACAGUACCGGAAACGCCUUCGUGCCUUGCUUAUCGUAGUCUCGCUGUAGUAUUUGAAAUUUUUCUUUUAUUUUUUCUUUUAGAAGCAACUUGUUUCUUUUUUUUUGUCUAUGGAAUUCUUUGGGAUUUAAGUGAUAAAGAGAAUUAAAAACGACAUAGUCGAAGUGAUUAGGAGCUUAAAGCCGGAAUUUAUUAUAAUCACAAGCCGGAUAGAAUUUAUUCAGUUAUAAUUUUGUGGUGAUAUAUGAAAUAUGUGCCUUAAAUAAAAUAUGAAUUUAAAUUAUUAUGAAGUCCGUUUUAUUGUUUAAUAAUGGGGUAUAAAUGUAACGGACAAAUAAAAGGAAAAUAAAUAAAGAAAUAUUUGAAAAUAAAAAAAAAAUAGUGUAAAAUGGAAAUCAAUGGGAAUUAUAAGCCUCCCGCUGCCGCCGCCGCCACCGUCACCGCUGCUGCUACCGCUUAAGGUUUUUUGUUAUGUGUAAUAUUUUACCUUGUAAUAACUUGUUUAACGUGUAAACAAAAUUUCAACGAAAAAAAUUAAAAGUGAUAUCAUAUAAUAAAAAGAAAGUACCUAUAUUUAGAAAAGAAAACGACACGGUGUCAAGCCUUUUCGAAAAUGAUGCGGUCUGAAGAAAAACAAGUUAAUGUUAGUCAUAUAUAAAAAUAUAGCUAUAAAGUUGGCAAAAUGUAAGACCCAAAGCCAACAACUAAUUUAAUAUGAAAAAAUGUUUUUGGAUUCAGUUUUCAAUAGUGGUAUCAAUUGCGGAUUAAAGAUUAAAAUAUUUUCGAAAAUUUGUCUCUUCAUUUUGGAAUAUUUAAUAAAACUUAUCAACAGCCACAAUUUAAAUAAAAAGGAUAGCAUGAAAUCAGCUCUUAAUUUAAGUUUGCUGAUGUUACUGCUUCUGAAAAACAAUGAUAUGAUUACAUUGUCCGAGACUGUGAAUUUAAGCUCCUCAUUAGAUUAUCAUAUGGAUGAAGGAUAUGACAAGAACCAAAGACCAAGUGAGUAUAAAGAUACAACAACAUUUGUCGAUGUGGGACUUUUUAUUAAUCGCAUUUCGGCAGUGGAAGAGAAUAAGGAAUUGUCUAAAAAAUUUCAGGAAAUUUCAUUUGAUGUGUUCCUGCAAGUCAUAUGGACGGAUCUAAGGAUACGACCGCGUGAAACUAAUUUAACAAGAACGAAAAAUUUUACAGAAUUACAAAUUGAAGAACGACAAAAAAUAUGGGUACCAGACUUGUAUAUAAGACAACUCAAGGAAAUGAAAAUAAUAAAAUUAUUUGAAGAUAUAUCUAGUUUACGACUUUAUCAAAAUAGUACAAUUGUUCUUAGUAUAGGUGCUACCAUUAUUAUAAAAUGUGAUAUGGACUUCGUUUUGUACCCGUUAGAUGUACAAAAAUGUCCAGUAGAUUUCAGUAGUUAUAAAUAUUCGAGGCAUGAAAUGGAAUUCCAUUGGAAACGAGGCAAUGCCAUUACAUAUCCAAAUGAUUUUGGCAAUGGCUUUUUUCGACUGCCCAAAUAUGUUGUAUCAUUUCAUCCUGAAUUGGAUAUGCGUAUUAUAAAUUAUGGUGAUGAAGACCACUCCUCAGCCCGUUUGGAAAUAACUCUCUCACGUGAAGUUAAAAGUUAUCUUCUUGAAAAUUACCUGCCAUCGACAUUAUUCGUAUCAAUGUCCUGGGGAAGUUUUGUAGUUGUCCCAGAAGUUGUUCCUGGUCGCAUGGUUCUUCUGGUAACAACUCUUCUAUCGUUAAUAACAAUGUUUGACACCGUACGCAAUAAUUCUCCAGAUGCUUUGGAAUUAAAGUGCCUCGAGGUGUGGUUAAUAUCCUGUACGCUCUUUGUAUUCCUCGCACUUAUGGAGUAUUUUAUUGUCCUGUUUGGGAUACGUUAUGACAAACACUGGCGUACUUCAAAAACCCUCAUACCAGGAUUGGUUUCGCCACCUAUAAAUUUGGCAGCAAGUGGAAUGAGCUCGGAAACUCCAAUGACAACAUUUCGUGGUCCUCGAAAGAAUGGCAUUGAACACGCUGCUAGGGGUUUCCAGUUGAACAGAGUAAAUCCCGAAACAAAAACAAUCAAAUCAAAUAAUUCCCUGAGUCCGAAUUUACCUGCUUCGUCAGAACAUCCAAAUUCAACGCAAACGCAACCACAAAUAUCGGAGAAUGAGGACGCCAGCACAAUUGAUCCAACAAACAACAGCAAUCCAAUGCAUAGAAGAAGCUUUUACAGAUUCAGGAAUGCUGCUGAGUAUGCCCUUCUCUAUGCAGGAUCACAGCGUGGACGAUUAGAUCAGAUAUCCUUGGUUCUCUUCCCAUUGAGCUUUCUGGUCUUUGCUAUUGUCUACUGGGUGCUGUAUCUCAGUGAAUCACGAAAGAAAAUAUGAUACGAUACAGUAAUGUUGUACAGUCUAAUAAGGUUCUAUUUUAUUAAAUUCUUCCAAUUUAUAGUUAUAUUUUUUUAAGCUUUACUCCUUAAGUUAAUUUAAAGAUUUAUUUUAUUUUAUUAUUUUCAUGGAAUGUGAUACUGUACAAUAUACCAAAGAUGGAAUUUGUAUUAAUUAUUUCAAGUUUAAACAUUUAAGAAACUACUAACUUUUAUCAAUUUACUCCAUAUUCCUAUCUUGUUGAAUAGAAUUUCAAUUUCGCCAAUAUCUUGGAAAUAUGUCUAUCAAAACAAAAAUGCUGUGUAAAAAUAUUAAUAAAUAUACAAAACAAAAAUAUUCUUCCGAUAUUAUAAUAAUAUGAAUAGUAACAAUCAGAAAUUCAAUCUGUUUCUUAAAAUCUUUUGAUUAUUAAAAUAUAACUUUUAACUAAGU